ACACUCGGUUCAGUACAGUACCGGCGCGGCCGCCGACCGUCAGUGGACAGUAGAGCGCACACUGGCCGCGCGGGCGACACGCGUGACCGGCGCGCGGUGGACACGCUGUGGACGGUGGACGCGCGCUGUGGACCCGGUGGAGCGUGGCGGUGGACGCGGCGGUGGGCCCGUGUGGACGGCCGCCGGUGAGUGGACGGUGGACGGCAGGUCGGGGUUUACGGCCCCGAGUCACGCCGGCCGCGGGGCGGUGAACGGUGCUCUAGGACGGCGCCCGGGAGUUAGGGGAAUUGUCGGUCUACCCACCGCUUCAACGAGAGGUACCCGCUGAGACUGAGGACUGAGGAGCCUCACCGAACUACCAGCCACGCUGCGCUGAGUUCUCCGAGAAUUGAUCUGCCGCCGCUAGUUUGUGGAGACACGUCUCAGACCUGCCGAAAUCACACUGCCGACACCUCUAAACACAUCCCGGGAGCCCCGGCAAAAGAUCUCGGUGCCACCUGCUCGGGGGAGGGUCGCUGCUGCUUUGAUUGCCAUGAAAAACGAUGAGGCAUCAUCAUGAUCGUGACCUCGGCAGAGGCGCCCAGCUCGCGUGACACCAUGAACGGCGCCCUGUACGACGAGAACCGCGCCGCGCCGCUCGAGGUGACGCCGCCGACGCCGGCCUCGGCCCCGGCGCCGCUGCACAUCCCGGCCAAGAGGCCGCCCACCACGCUGACGGCUGGAUUCGGCGGCGCCGAGCCCGGCGACGGCGUCAUCCGGCACGGCGCCGUCCAGCCGUGGGGCUACGCCGAGGCGCCGCACCCGGCCGCCGCCGCCGGCGCCGCCUUCGACGCGGCGGCGGCCGGCUACCAGCCGUCGUUCGGCCGCGACGCCAUGACCUCGAUGGCUUCCAGCUACUACAACCUGGCCGAGACGCGACACGACCGCAAGCCGCUGGCGUUCUGGCCCAACAAGUACGACUACUCGGCCGGGCCGAGCACGAUGCCGGGCGCGGCCGAGUGCCAGCCGUUCGCCGCGCAGAGCUGGUGCAACUACUCGGCGUACGGCCGGGUGCCGGCACCGAUGGAGGCGCCCGGCCAGCACAUGCCCUACCUGCACGCCGCCGAGGACUCGCGCCGAGCCAUGGAGGUCUCCUACCCGCACGACGCCUACGGCCUGAGAAACUACCCCGGCGGCGAGGGCAUCCCUCCGGCGCCCUACCACCCAGGGAGCCUGAGCAGCAACCCCCUGGAGUGGACCGGAAACGUGUCGGUCAGAAAGAAGCGGAAACCCUACUCCAAGUUCCAGACCCUGGAGCUCGAGAAGGAGUUCCUCUUCAACGCCUACGUGUCAAAGCAGAAGCGCUGGGAGCUGGCGCGCAACCUGAACCUCACCGAGCGCCAGGUGAAAAUCUGGUUCCAAAAUAGGCGAAUGAAGAACAAGAAGGCCACGCAGCGGGCGCAGAGCCAGGAGAGCUCUUCGAACGGCAGCAUAAACGGCAAAGGAGGGUAGCUCGGUGCGAGUUGGAGUCGAUGCGUGUGUGUGCGAGAGGCGUGUGAGUGUUCCGAGCCGCGUGCCCGUGGGUUCAGGCAGGCCAAAGAUGUCCGUACUAUGUGGGGGCCGGGCCGGGCCGCGGUGCCCCCGCUGGCAGUCAGUGACGUCACUCAGCCCGCCGGUGUGUGACGUCAUAUGUGGCCGCCCGAGCGCCGGCCGUGGGCGCCGGGCCGCCUGUACAUAGUGCAUAAGGCUGUCGACUGAGACGGCGCCAGGUGCACACGGCUGUCGACAGACCGGCGUCGCUAGGUGUUGUGCAGUGUUUUUGUUAUUGUGUUGGAAGAUUUGAUAUUAUAGUGUUGUCACUUUCAUUCGUCGUGCGAGUUGAUCAUCCCGUGUGUAUGUCUGACCGCGCGCGUGAGAGUGUUUCCGUAGAAUUGGUACAAAUGAUGGGAUUGGCGAUGCAUUUUCUUCGUUUGUUAUUGCCCGCUCGCCUCGCUGUCUUUGCACUGACCUUCACGAGUAAUUCGCUACUUCUCUGACCCCGCUGCCGCGCGAGUUACGCCAUGAUUUGACGUGUCGUUUAGCUGACCCGACUGUGAAAAUGCCCGACUUGAUUGACGCCCCGGCUCAUUCCGGGCGACCUCUGCCCCUCUCUCCCCUCCUUCCUCCACUCUGUCCUUGUGAUCAGACUCACCCCGACCGAGCCUCAGCCUCUUCGAGUCAUCAAUGUGUUCGCGAGCUCAUCACGAGGUAUUUUGUUAUUUAUCAUUUAUAUGAGCGUCAUGGAAGCUAAUAAAGUAACGGAGACACUG